UUAAUCCAUUAUUCCUCAACUUAAUUUCUCCAUUCGAAUUCAUUUGCUACUGUGACAAUGGCUGAAGCUUUACUUACUGUCAUGUUAGAGAAUCUGAACUCUUUGAUCCAGAAAGAGUUUGGAUUGCUUUGGGGUGUCAACAAAGAGAUGGAGAGGCUGUCUAGCAUCCUCUCAACCAUCCAUGAUGUUCUAGAAGUUGCAGAGGAGAAGCAGUUAAGAAACAGAGCGAUCAAGAAUUGGCUGCAAAAGCUUAAAGAUGUUGCUGGUGAGUUGGAUGACAUUCUGGAUGAGUGUUCAAUGGAGGCAUCACUAUUGAAGCACAAAACGCAGAGGUUCCAAAAGGUAUGGGAGGCAUCGGAAAGACUACCUCGCUGAACUUGUAUACAAUGAUCCAAGGGUUAUUAAGCAUUUUGAUAUGAAAAUAUGGGUAUGUGUCUCUGAGGACUUUGACGUGUGGAGAUUGAUAAAAGCUAUGAUAGAAUCUGCCUCUGGAAAUGCUUGUGAAGCUUUGGACAUGGAUCCUCUGCAGAAACGCCUCCAAAACAUGUUGGAAAGGAAGAAGUUUUUACUCGUUUUGGAUGAUGUGUGGAAUGAAGAUAAAGAUAAAUGGGAGGGGUUGAGAAAUGUCUUGUGGAUUAAAUGAUUCUUCAAUUGUAGUUACCACUCGUCAAAAAAAGGUUGCAUCAAUUAUGAGAGCAACACAAAUGCAUCAUUUAUCUAACUUAUCUGAAGAUGAAUGUUGGUUAUUGUUCAGCCAACGUGCAUUUGGCAAUGAAAGUGAGAAACGACCAAGUCUUGUGAAAAUUGGAAAGGAGAUUGUGAAGAAGUGCAAGGGAAAUCCGCUGGCAGCAAAGAGUUUAGGAAGCUUAAUGUACUCCAAAAGUGAGGAAAAGCAGUGGCUUUUGGUUAUGGAAGGUGAACUUCGGAAUUUACCACAAGAUGAAACUUCCAUCCUGCCAGCUUUGAGAUUGAGCUACUUUCAACUAACUGCUCAAGUACGAAGAUGUUUUGUGUUUUGUGCCAUUUUCUCCAAGGAUUUUCAAAUUGAGAAGGAAACAUUAGUUCAUCUUUGGAUGGCUAAUGAUCUUAUAUCUCCCAGAGGAAACAUAGAGGUGGAAGAGAUGGGCAAUGAAAUUUGUAAUGAAUUAUAUUUGCGAUCAUUCUUUCAAGAUGCUGACAGGGAUGGACUUGGCAACAUUAAAAGUUUAAAGAUGCAUGAUCUAGUACAUGAUCUGGCUUAAUGUAUUAUGAAGGAUGAAUGCACAGUUGCCAAGUCCGAUUUCCCAGAUAUCUUUUUUACAUUUUACAAUGGAAAAUCCUUGCGCACUUUACUGUUAAUGCAGAUGUCUA